AUGGUGCCUAUGGGAUUCGCAGGGCAGCUCCAGGCCGUAAAAGAAGUGCAGCAAGAGCAGGUAGAGCGUAUCGCCAAGUUAGAGCAAGAAAACGCGGAUCUCAAGGAUUUCAAACUUAGCGUUAUCGAUAUUGCUGAUCGCAUUCAAGCGCUUGAGCAGCACAAAGCUUAUAUUGCAGCGAGACGAAGGGAGGCAGUAGGUCAACUUCUCAAUAUGCGCACCCUACAUCAAGAAGCCGACAAUGCGUUCCAACUGCGCACAUCGGACAUGCAACCAGAUGACCUCGAGGGCAUUUUGGGAGUAUAUGGCACUAUGUUGACCACUACAAUGAACCACCACCAGCGUGUGCUUGGCCAGAUACGUGCGAAUGGCCAGUUUCCAGCGUAUACAACACCAGUUCAACAGACCCAACAAUCUGUCGCUGUGCCAAUGCAGUAUCGCUACGUAUAUCCACCUGCGUACUCCGAGUAUGGUUACUGUCACGCCCACAAUAUGCCUUACUGCUGUCGCAUUUGCAGUAAGUGA